GAAACACAGAGACCAAGUGUGGAAGUGAGUGAUGCAGGGAGACCAAGGGUAUUACGGUGGCAGGGACUCGCCGCCCCAGGGGUACGGGUACGGCUAUGGCUACGACGCCGGAGGGUAUUACUCCAACGGCGGGUACCCGGCUGUGGCGGCGUACGAGGACCCGAUGGUUGGGAGGAGGCCGCACGACUUCCCGGCGACGAUGAACGAGCUGGAGUUCCAGCCGUCGGCGACGUGCCCCAAGAACUACGUCAUCUUCGACCAGACGUGCACCAAGAGCCGGGUCAUGUUCCACCCCUCGCUGGCCCACAAGUUCGACGGCGGGUCGUCGGCGUACGACAACAACAACGCGCACGACGCCGGGAAGGGAGCGUACAGGGACCACGUCGAGUACAACGACAGCUGCUCGGUGCGGCUGAAGGAAGACACGGACGAGAUCGACGCGCUGCUGAACUCGGAGGACGGCGACGAGGACGACGUGGUGAGUACGGGGCGCACGCAGGGGUACCGGGACAGCAGCUCCCCGGACUCGACGUGCUCAUCCAGCUACGGCGGCGGCGGGCAAGCGAGGCCCGGGAACAAGAAGAAGCGCAUGCAGAAGAUGGUGCGCACACUCAAGGGCAUCAUCCCCGGCGGCAACCAACUAGACACCCCCGCCGUGCUCGACGAGGCCGUCCGGUACCUCAAGUCGCUCAAGGUGGAGGUCAAGAAGCUCAGCGUGCGCGGCUCCGACAACUGAUCACCACUACCAUCAUCUUCAUCGACGACGACGGCGACUACACCGGCAGAACGAAACCAUCAUCAUCAUCGACGACGACUACGACGGCCUAGCCGUGGCGCGUGCGUGCGUGGGUUAUUGGCAGCUGGUACCAACAAUAGACGCCCGCAUCGCCAGUAUGCUAAUGCGUACCGCGGAUGCGUGCUGGGCCUGAGCUACACUAGUUCGUACUACGAGUACAAAGCUACAAUAUCGGCAUGGGCACGGUGGCCCACCAAUCAGGGGACGCGGCUGGCUCGCCCUCGCCCUCGCCCUCGCACGCUGCAGCCGCCACUGCGUUUGGUCUUGGGGUUGCCUCGGCGCGAGGACGGCAUGAUGGCGUCCAGUGGAGGGAGGAUAAUGGAGCCAAACUGGGUUAUGGGCCCCAGUAACAAAAAUAAAAAAAUUGUCGCUGAUUAAUUAGCUUCUUGUUGUUGUUGUUGUUGUACUAUUCCAUGGGCUUAGUAUGCGUGAUGUUGUGA